AUGUGGCAUGCGGCCUGUCACUGCAGCCCCAAUGUCAAUAGCUUUCCGCCUCUCCUCGACGCAACACUCGAUGACCUAAACCUAGGCUUGCAAACAGGCCUCUUCACCAGUGUUGACUUGGUGAACGCCUACAUCGCAAGGAUCGAGGAAGUUAAUCACGUCGUUCGAGCAGUAGCGGAGAUUAACCCCGAUGCGCUCUCAAUAGCGGCUACCCUCGAUGAAACCCGACGACAAGGCCGCCCGCUCUUGGGUCCACUACACGGCAUCCCCAUCUUGAUCAAAGACAACAUAGCCAGUGCAGACAGAAUGAAUAACACGGCCGGUUCUUUCGCCUUGGUAGGCGCAAAAGUGGCCAACGACAGUACUGUGGUUGCCAAACUCCGCGAGGCUGGCGCGAUUAUCCUUGGGAAAACAAACAUGGCGGAAUGGGCUACAUGUCGAAGCACUAACUCGAGUGCGGGAUGGUCUCCUCGCGGAGGGCAGACUAUCGGAGCGUACUAUCCAAACCAAGACCCUGAAGAAUCAUCUUCCGGCAGCGGUGUCGCGUCUUCGAUUGGUCUUGCGUGGGCGUCAUUGGGUACAGAGACGUUCGGUUCCAUAACGAUGCCGUGCGAUGUUAACAACCUCGUUGGAAUCAAGCCCACUGUCGGUCUGACUUCGCGGCAUCUCGUGGUGCCCAUUUCGGAACAUCAAGACACGGUUGGCCCUAUGGCUCGCACAGUGAAGGACGCUGCACACCUUCUUGCAGCCAUCGUCGGACCAGACCCUCACGAUAACUACACCUCGGCCAUUCCCUUCGCCAAGACGCCUGACUAUGUCGCCGUGUGUGUUGGCUCAAGUCUCAAAGGCAAGAGACUCGGUAUCCCGCGGCAUCUCAUGAUAGAGACGCCUUUGUUCCCACAUUCCAACUAUUCAAUCUCGGCGUUCGACUCUGCCGUAGAAAUUCUCCGAUCUGCAGGCGCGGAGAUCGUUGACGACAUUUUUCUUCCCGGCUUUUCCUGGUCUGAAAUUGCGAAUCUCACGAGCCAGGUCCUGGGAGCAGACUUUCUUGUCAACCUCGAGACGUACUUCUCUAAACUAGUUCCCGACUCUCACAACCUUUCAACAGUUUAUGAGCUUCGGAGGUGGACACAAGCCGACCCUCGCGAAGAGUACCCUACGCACAACACAGAGACAUGGGACAAAAUCCUGGCGAGAGGGCUACGUAACACAGACCCCGAAUUUUGGGAUAUCUAUUCUCGGAACCGCUACCUGGCUGGUCCUCUCGGCUACUCUGGUGCAAUACACAACUACUCCCUUGAUGCGAUUGUUCUGCCAACACGGUUUGCUCUGACUCCUGCGGCUAUUCUCGGCACGCCUGUUGUGACGGUACCUUUUGGGAGUUAUCCAAAUGACACCCCAGUCAUCAAAGAUAGUCUUGGUAAUCUUGACGUAUUGGCGCCAAACCUGCCAUUCGGUAUUGGUUUUGCAGGGGCAGAAUUCAGCGAAGAAAAGCUCAUCAGCAUCGCGUAUGCUUUUGAGCAGAUGACACAAGCUCGGGUAACCAUCAAACCCUUCGUUCAACCCAAGAAGGAAUUGGUGGAUUUCGUAUCUCUAAGAAACUGGCGGGGAUAUGUGCCAGAUCUGUAG